AUGGUUGAACGCAAGAAGCCCGCUCCCAUUCCCGUCAGCCAUGGAGGUGCGUCUGCACACGGCGGCAUGAGCGUUGAGAACGGCAGGGUGAAGCUGUCAUUGCCGUCUGGAGAGUCCGCUGAUGUGCUGCUCUACGGUGCGACGGUGGUCUCUUGGAUCGCGGGCGGGGAGGAGAAGCUGUUCUUGAGCGAGAAGGCCCACCUUGACGGGUCCAAAGCUGUCCGUGGCGGAAUUCCACUUGUGUUCCCAGUAUUCGGCAAGGCCACCGACGGCCCCGCCGCCACCCUCGCCCAGCACGGCUUCGCCCGCAUCUGCAAAUGGGAGCUCCUCGGCAAGACCAGCGAGAACGAGUCCUCCAUCCAAGUCGACUUCGGCCUCGGCCCCGAGAACCUCACGGUCGACCUGCGCAAGGCCUGGCCGUACGCCUUCGGCCUGAUCUACUCGGUCACGCUCACGCGCACCAGCCUGGAGACCAAGAUGCUGGUGCGCAACGAGGGCAACGAGACGUUCGACUUCAACCUGCUGUUCCACACGUACCUGCGCGUCCCGAACGUGGGCAACGUGAGCAUCGAGGGCCUCAAGGACAUCGCGUACAGGUGCAAGGUCACCGGCACCGAGGCGACCCAGGAGACGCCCGAGCUGUCGAUCCAGGGGGAGGUCGACCGCGUGUAUGCGGAUGUCCCGGGGCCGGUCGUGGUCAAGAGUGGCGGCACGCCGUUGUACCGUGUUGAGCGCUCGAACUUGGAGGAUGUGGUGGUGUGGAAUCCGUGGGAGAGCUGCAAGAACAUUGCGGACUUUGGCCCGAGUGAUGGGUAUAAGAAUAUGAUCUGCAUUGAGGCCGGUGCGGUCUCGAAAUGGCACAAGCUGGAGCCGCAGAAUGUGUGGGAGGCGGGUGCGAUUGUCCACCUUUGA